AACAAGUGACUUAAGAAGUCUACCUGGGAAUCAUCUAAGAUGUCACGGAGAAGAUUUGAUUGUCGAAGUAUUUCAGGCUUAUUAACUACAACUCCCCAAACUCCACUGAAAAUGGAAAACUUUAAUAAUUUUUAUACACUUUCAUCUAAGGAGUUAGGAAGAGGAAAAUUUGCUGUGGUUAGACAAUGUAUAUCAAAAUCUACUGGCCAAGAAUAUGCUGCAAAAUUUCUUAAGAAAAGAAGAAGAGGACAGGAUUGUCGAGCAGAAAUUCUACACGAGAUUGCUGUUCUUGAGUUGGCAAAGUCCUGUCCUCAUGUGAUUAAUCUUCAUGAAGUCUAUGAAAACACCAGUGAAAUAAUUUUGGUAUUAGAAUAUGCUGCUGGUGGAGAAAUCUUCAACCUAUGUUUACCCGAGGUGGCUGAAAUGGUCUCUGAAAGUGACAUUAUCAGACUCAUUAAACAAAUACUUGAAGGAGUUUGUUAUCUGCAUCAGAAUAACAUCGUCCACCUUGAUCUCAAGCCUCAGAAUAUAUUAUUGAGCAGCAUAUACCCUCUUGGGGACAUCAAAAUUGUUGAUUUUGGAAUGUCUCGGAAAAUAGGAAAUGCUUAUGAACUUCGGGAAAUCAUGGGAACACCAGAAUACUUAGCUCCUGAAAUCCUAAACUAUGAUCCUAUUACCACAGCAACAGAUAUGUGGAAUGUUGGUGUGAUAGCAUAUAUGUUGUUAACUCAUACAUCACCAUUUGUGGGAGAAGAUAAUCAAGAAACAUACCUCAACAUUUCUCAAGUUAAUGUAGAUUAUUCAGAAGAAAUUUUUUCUUCAGUUUCACAGCUGGCUACAGACUUUAUCCAGAGUCUUUUAGUAAAAAAUCCAGAGAAAAGGCCAACAGCAGAAAUCUGCCUUUCCCAUUCUUGGCUACAGCAGUGGGACUUUGAAAACUUGUUUCACCCUGAAGAAACCUGUGGUUCCUCUCAAAUUCAGGACCAUACAAUAAGAUCUGCUGAAGACAAGACUUCCAGAUCCUCUUGUAAUGGAAUGUGCGGUGACCGAGAAGACAAAGAGAAUAUUCCAGAGGAGAGCAGUAUGGUUUCUAAAAGAUUCCGAUUUGAUGACUCAUUGCCCAAUCCUCAUGAACUUGUAUCAGAUUUACUCUGUUAGCACUUUCCUUUUUGACUCACUUGGACUGAAUUGGAAGUUUGAAAUAGACUCCAGUGUGAGACUGUGGUUUGUAACUUAAUAUAUGGAAUGUUUAUAUUGUACAUGCA